UCCUUCAACAACAACAGCUAGUCAGACACCUCGGUAGCUUUCUAGCAAACAUUGCUACAACAUUCACGAUCUUUACACUUUGUUGGUGUAUAUUAGUCGCUGUGUUUAAACAGACUUCUGUCAUGUGUGCUUGUUUGUCCAUUUAAUUAUAUAUUUACGUUGUUUGUAAGCUAGCUGGUUUGCUAAGUUAACUUAGAACUAGGCUAGUCGCUAAUGCUAGCUAGCUAACAUCCUCGAACAUGAAUUCACUAAGCUACUCCUGUUAAAGUGGAGGUCUGCUGGACGGAGAAAGAAGCUCUCGUGAAAGAGGAGGAGGAAGAGAAGGCUGUUACAAUACAAAAACAAGUAGAGGGGGAGGCUGUUACCGUGAAAGAAGAAGAGAAAUACGUUUCAGUGAAAGAAGCGGAAGACGCGUUCAGAGUGAAAGAGGAGGAUGUUAUAGUAAAAGAAGAGGAGGAAGCCGUUUUGGGAGUGAAAGAGGAGGAUAUGACUGUCACAUUGGAGGAAGAAGAGGAGGUUGGAGAUCUGUUUAACACCAGAGAGAGAUGUGACUGUCGUGGAUUCUCUUGGGAGCCUCAACUACAUCGUGAUGCUGACGAGGCAGAGAAGAUUCUUUCCAGAUCAGAACACCUCAAGAAACCCCAGCAGAGACCCACAGGGAAGAAGCCUCACUGCUGCUCUGACUGUGGGAAACAUUGCAAAUGUUCAUCAGAACUAAAAAUACACCAGCGAGUACACACAGGAGAGAAGCCUUAUAGCUGUGAUCAAUGUGGGAAGAGUUUUACUACGUCUUCCAAUCUGACUAAACACCAGAGAAGACACACAAAAGAGAAGCCUUAUAGCUGUACUCAAUGUGGGAAGAGUUUUGUUACGUCUAGCUAUCUGACUUUACACCAGAGAACACACACAGGAGAUAAAUCUUAUAGCUGUGAUCAAUGUGGGAAGAGUUAUGUUACAUCUAGCUCUCUGAAGGUACACCAGAGAACUCACACAGGAGAGAAACCAUUUAGCUGUACUCAAUGUGGGAAGACUUUUACUACAUCAAGCUCUCUGAAGGCACACCAGAGGACACACACUGGAGAGAAACUUUAUAGCUGUAAUCAAUGUGGGAAAAGUUUUACUCGGUCAAGCUCCCUGAUCAUGCACCAGCGAACACACACAGGAGAGAAACCAUAUAGCUGUAAUCAAUGUGGGAAGAGUUUUACUCAGCCAAAUGGACUGAUAUUACACAAGCGGACACACACAGGAGAGAAACCGUGUAGUUGUACUCAAUGUGGGAAGAGUUUUAUUCAGGCAAGCUGCCUGAAAGUACACAUGAGAACACACACAGGAGAGAAACCUUACCACUGCUCUGACUGCGGAAAAAGUUUUAUUAGCUUAAGUGAUUUAAAAUCACACAAGAGAACACACACAGGAGAGAAACCCCCAUAUAGCUGUACUCAAUGUGGGAAGAGUUUUAUUCAGUCAAGCUCCCUGAUAGUGCACCAGAGAAUACACACAGGAGAGAAACCUUAUAGCUGUACUAAAUGUGGGAAGAGUUUUACUCAGGCAAGCUGCCUGAAAGUACACCUGAGAACACACACAGGAGAGAAACCUUACCAUUGCUCUGACUGCGGAAAGAGUUUUGUUAGAUCAAGUGAUUUAAAAUCACACCAGAGAAAACACACAGGAGAGAAAUCACCAUAUAGUUGUACUCAAUGUGAAAAGAGUUUUAAUCAGUCAUGCUCCCUGAUAUCACACCAGAGAACACACACAGGAGAGAAACCUUAUAGCUGUACUCAAUGUGGGAAGAGUUUUACUCAGUCAAGCGGCCUGAUAGCACACCAGAGAACACACACAGGAGAGAAAUCUCAUAGCUGUCAUCAAUGUGACAAGAGAUACUCUGUUAAAAGAUCUCUGAUCAAACAUCAGAAAAUACAUACAUGAAGAAGUUGUUUUAAUAAUCUUACAGUGUAGAAUGUAUUAACAUUGAAGUAUGAGUAUUUUAAUAAUGUCACAAUGUAGAACCCUAAACGUUUGCCCCAUGUUCUAUUGAUUUCAGAAUGAUAUGGAUAUUAGCCUCAUGGAAAAAUACAAGCUCUGAAUUGAAAGAGUACUAUUUAUGUGAUUUAACAAAAAGUGACUAACAAAAAAAGAGUUGUGUUGCACUUCCCACAUUGUUGACCCACUUGAAUCAAAAUGCAACACUUCAAAAUGUAGGGAGCUGUUUUCUACAAAUUGUCCUCCUAACCAGUGAUGUACACAUUAUUUCCAGAUUCUGUUUGGUUUUUGAGCUGUUAGUUUUAACAGGACAUGCAACCUCAUCUCCCUCUUGCACAAUUGAUUUCAACAUGAUAUCGAUUUGGUGAUGACAAAUAAGUGUUGCGUUCCUUUAUUUAGCGACCCCUAAAUUUAAAUGCAUCACUCCAAAUUGUAGCUGACUCUCUUCUACAGGUUGUCCUCUAACUAGUGAGAUAAAAGAUAUCUGCCAUUUUCAUAUGUUUUUUUAGUUGUUUUAGUUUCAACAGCACAAACAACCUGAUUUCCACCCUAAAGAUAUCAGUAGUUUAUUGCUACUUGUCAAAACAACAGCGUUUUUGGUGCUUGUGUCGUUGGUGAGGACAACUUGGUUUCUGAUUGUCUCACGGUGGGCAGUCAAAAAGGUUUGUGUUUUGCUGUUUAGCCAGUGAGUUGCCAUGGAUCUUAUUCUGACUGCACAUUUUUCCUUAUUGGAGAUGAGUUUUGUUUGGGCUCGUUCCAAGUGGUUGUGAGUUCAAGAACAAGUGAGUAAUAGGAAGACAGCAGUCAGAAGCUAGUGGGGAGAAGAAAAAAUAGAUAUAUUUGUUUUAAUUGUUGACAGCCAGUAGACACCAUGUUUAUAUUGGUGAAGCAUUGUAGUUGAUUAUAAAGUGAAAUGGAAGUUGUUUUCUGUUGGUGGUAAGCAUUCUCCUACAGUGUUACAAAUGUUUGGUUUUUUAUGUUUUGAGGUUGGACUUUAGCACGUCUAGCUCGUUAGCACGUCUAGCUCGUUAGCACGUCUAGCUCGUUAGCACGUCUAGCUCGUUAGCACGUAGGACGCACUGAUUGGUUUCACCUCGUAAGUCGGUAUGUGUUACACCUGUGCUGGUUGUCCAUCUCGUUAUUGGGAAGGUGUUUCACCUGAGCUGGUCCAGGUUCUAUUUAAGAAUGUCUGGCCCAGUACUCCAGUUGUCUUGGUAGAUGUGGAGAGUCAACACCUUUUAGUUGCACUACCGUUUUGGUUUGCUUCCUGUCUGUAUGUUUUUUUUGUGGGUUUUUCUUUUGUUUGCCUCUUCUCGGGCAGAUUUAGUGGUUGACUUUUAUGUCCCAGUUGUUGUUACUAGUCAACAUUCAGUGGACACAGAGCAAAAAUGCAAGAUUAUGUUUAUAUACUUUUAUGGUAUAGUUUUAUGCAACAGAAUAGAGGGUUUUUAUAACUAUUGUGUCUGUGUGUUCUACUGAGGAAGGGCCUCUGGGAGAUAACACUGACAGGAGAUUUUACGAUGUCUUUUGGGUGAUAAAACCUAAAGAGACCGCAUUCCAGAUUAUGAAUUAAUGCUUCUGUUCUAUAUGGUACCAGGGAGAGAUGACGCCAGGGCCAGACCCUGGUCUCUACACAAAGGGUACUGUUUUUACAGCAGAUACUGUCUGCUGAGAAUUGUAAGUAUCUUUCAUACAAAUCUUAACCUUUUGACCCGUUCUAAACAACUGUUGUUCGUCAUGUAGGUUGAAAGGGGUGUUUAUUGGCUGUAAAGGACCUUUGUACUUUUGUCUCGUGGCUCUCAAUGAAUAAUCUGGGGGUGAUUCGUCGACCAGCCAUCAUUACCGUAGAGCACUCAAUUGAUUAACUUUAUAUUUGUGUGUUGUAUUGAUCUGCUCCCUUAUUAAUAAGUGAAUAAAGGUUUAGUUUAACAUUAA